CGGUUACGCGAUACGAUUCGAGCUCGAUAAAGUGCACUCAAAGAGCGGAGAAAAGCGAAUGCAAAGCAAAAUAUAAAUAAACAAGUGGUGCACAAAGCCCAACACAUAUAUACAUACAGUCUCGCCUAAUCAUAACAACUAAUGCAAUAACAAAGAAUUGAAAUUGAAAUUAAAGACAAACAAAUAAUUCAACAAAGUUGGUGAAAAGAUAAACGGAAAAUGCUUCAAAUCGCCCCCUACACCGCAUGUUUCUCGCGUAUUUUACUCGGCCGCACAGUCAGCUCAAAAGGCAUAGCAUAUCGCCGUUUCGCCACAGCCGGUGAUGGCGGCGGCAGCCAAGCCGUCACUGCCGCUCAUCCACUCAGUGGCGUGCGCAUUCUCGACAUGACACGCAUCAUCUCUGGCCCCUACUGCACAAUGAUAUUGGCCGACAUGGGCGCUGAAGUAAUCAAGAUUGAGCGCCCCUUUUACGGUGGUGACGAGACGCGCAAAUGGGGUCCACCAUUCUUGUCACAGAGUAAAGAUUCGAUUUAUUUUCAAGCGGUCAAUCGUAAUAAGAAGAGCGUCGCCAUCGAUUUGAAGCGUGGUAAAGAAGUCAUUUAUGAGUUGGCACAGAAAUGUGAUGUGCUCGUAGAGAAUUAUGUGCCAGGCAAGUUGGCUGAGUACGGCUUGGACUAUGCGCAUUUGCGCAAGAUUGCGCCGCAUCUUAUCUACUGUUCUAUGACGGGUUACGGGUCUGUGGGCCCCUAUGCCAAACGUCCGGGCUAUGAUGUUAUUGCCUCUUCGGUGGCUGGUCUAUUACACAUUACCGGCGAACGUGAUGGUCCACCAUGUAAAGUGGGCGUGCCGGUAACCGACAUGGCUACCGGUUUGUAUGCGCAUGGCGCAAUAUUAGCCGCGCUCUUACAACGGCAGCGCACAGGACUGGGCCAAAAAAUCGACGUGGAUCUGCUUUCAACGGGGGUGUCGCUGCUUAUUAAUGUUGGCAGCUAUUAUUUGAAUGCUGGUAUCGAGGCGCAACGUUGGGGCACAGCCCAUUCGAGUAUUGUGCCGUACCAGAGUUUCAAAACUGUCGAUGGCUAUCUAACAAUUGGCGCUGGUAGUGAUGAACAGUUCAAAGAAUUAUGCCAGUUGCUUAAAAUUCCGGAUAUAGCAGAAAACUCAAAAUUCAAAACAAAUAAAGAUCGCGUCAAAAAUCGUGUAGAACUGAUAGCACUGCUUGAGGAUCUAUUGGCAAAGAAAACAUCCAAGAGUUGGAUGCAACAUUUUGACGGCGCCUCAUUUCCAGUGGGACCAGUCAAUGGUAUACGCGAAGUAUUUGAGGAUGAACAUGUUAAGGCUAUUGAUUUGGUAAAAACCUUGCCACAUCCCUGCGAUGGAAAUGUAAAGGUGGUGGGACCUCCUGUUGUUUACAGUGAAUCAAAAAAUGAUGCACGCACAGCUCCACCAAUGAUGGGACAACAUACAGACGAAGUGUUAGCGGAGCUUUUGGAUUACAGUGCAGAGCAGAUUGCGCGGCUUAGAAAUAGGAAAGUUAUCGAAUAGGCAGAUUAGUUACAAAAAGAAGUGAUCAAAAAAGUGCAUUUAAAUAUUAUUUAAC